AAAUUUGUUUGCUAAUUCAGAUCGACAAACCUGAAAUUCUUUGGCUUUGAAGAGAUAAUUUGCGUGUCUGUGAAUGAUCCAUUCGUGAUGUCUGCUUGGGGAAAUGCCAAAGGAGCAAACGAUAAGGUGAGGAUGCUGGCAGAUCCCACGGGAUCAUAUACCAAAGCCAUAGGAAUGGACGUGGAUAUUCCGGAAUUGGGAGGCACCAGGAGUAGAAGAUACUCCAUGGCCACCGUGAAUGGCAUUGUAAAAGAAUUAUUCAUAGAUGCACCCGAUGUGAAACUUAUGUGCUUACAAACAGAUGGUGUUCCUAGAUAUUGUACUUAACAUAGGUGUAGCAGC